AUGAGAGGCAGCUUGCUGAUGAACCGCCGUGGAUUGCAGAGAUUCCGGCAACUGGCCGUUACAGCCACCGGAUCGGCGAAGAUCAAGAUCCUGCUCUUCUGCUGCAUCGCUUUCACGCUGCUGGCGCUCCCAGGCUGGGCGUCCAAGUUCAUGGGAUGGAGCAAUCUCUCUGCUCCCGAUGAUCGGCUCCAAGCGCCAGGGAAAGGUUAUGCUAUUGUAAUGAAUACUUGGAAAAGAUAUGAUUUGUUAAAGCAAUCAAUUGCUCAUUAUGCAUCAUGUUCAGAACUCGAUUCAAUACACAUCGUGUGGAGUGAACCUGAUCCUCCUUCUGAGUCUCUUGUUGCACAUCUAAACCAUAUCCUUCAGUCAAAGUCGAGAGGGCCAAGGCAAGUCGAAUUGAAAUUUGACAUCAACAAGGAAGACAGUUUAAACAAUAGAUUCAAAGAGAUCAAAGAUUUGAAGACAGAUGCUGUCUUCUCAAUUGAUGAUGAUGUCAUUUUUCCAUGCUCAUCCGUGGAGUUUGCUUUCCAUGUAUGGCAAAGUGCGCCAGAUAACAUGGUGGGCUUUGUGCCACGUGCCCAUUGGCUGGAGCAAUCGAUUCUAAAGCUCUGUAGAUCUCUGAUCAUCAUGCAGCAUGACAAUAAUAAAUACUAUAGCUAUGGUGGAUGGUGGUCUGUUUGGUGGACGGGUACUUACAGCAUGGUUCUCUCGAAAGCUGCAUUUUUCCACAAAAAGUAUCUCAGGUUGUACACAAAUGAGAUGCCAGCAUCACUCAAGGACUAUAUAACCAAGAACAGGAACUGUGAAGAUAUUGCUAUGUCCUUUCUGGUUGCAAAUGCAACUGAUGCGCCACCUGUAUGGGUGAAGGGUAAAAUAUUUGAGAUCGGCUCGACUGGGAUCAGUAGCUUGGGUGGUCAUAAGGACAGAAGAAGUCAGUGUAUCAACAGAUUUGUAGCCGAGUUUGGACGAAUGCCCUUAGUAUCCACAACAGUCAAGGCAGUUGAUAGCCGCAGUAGCUGGUUCUGGUGAUGCUAGCUAGGUCUCCCACCACCACACAAUCUAUUGUUUCGAUUUGAUAGAAAAGUUCACCUCUUCGGUAAUCAUCUGAGUGUCUCUGAUCAUUAGUUAACCUUUUCAUCCCUUGAGCUGUAUAAUAGUGUAGUUUUCCUCCUUCCUUGUAUCAUUCAUUUCUUUGUUCAGAUAGAAUCAAAGUUUAGCUUUCUGCAAUUCUGCUUGGACAAGAUUGUUUGUAUCAUUACCGAGAAACUUCAACAGCAGUUUGCCACUUUCUGAUAGAUAGGUUUUGAUCUUGGAAUCAUAUACACGAGCUAUUUUGUGAAAACUGAAAACCUGAUAUAUCCGUUCCAAAUGUCCAUAUUGUUGGUCUUGCAUUCUCAGUAGUUGGGAACACCAGAACAGACAGCGACGAAAUGGUUCUUACUUUCAUCCGUUUGGCUGUCAACUUGGUAAGAACUGGAUUUCGUAACUUAUGUCUGACCUGAACAUGGACAGGCUUUUCACUGCAUUUUUUAUUGCUAACCUUUAUUCAGGUUGGGAUCCUCAACUUGGUUGUGGAGUUCUGUGACAUUGGGAGAU